UCUCCAGCAGCUUCCAGCCUUCCUGGAUUUUCAUACUUUGUUUAAUUCUCUAGGUAAGGCAUGAUGUUGAUCUUCUCCAAUUGGGCUUUUUCAAACAUAGUAGGCAGCCAGAGAGGCUUCAGAGUAGUGGGAAGGCACAUAAUGGAAAAGGGCAGCAGCGGGCAGUAGGAGACUGUUGUCUACAGCACUAAAAAAAAAGUUCAGAAGCACCAACAAGAAAAAUUUGGAAUAAAUUAUCAAGCACCUGAAGACAAAGGAGGAGAGAUCCCGACCUGUAUAUGUUUGUGGAAAAUUUAUUCUAUCAUCCUCUAUUCAAGUCUGUUAUGAUCAGCAGCAUUACGCUCAAUGCGAUAUUCUUGUCUUUAGAAACUGAUUAUAAAGUUUAUUAUGAGUCAUAUUUGUUCCUGCAGGUUGCAGAUCUGAUCAUUUUAGCGAUCUAUACCACAGAAUUUCUAAUGAGCCUUUACUUGGACCCGGUUAAUUAUUGGAAGGAUGGUUAUAAGCGUUUUGAUGCUAUUGUCCUUUUCCUUGCUUACCUCCCAUAUACCAUUGACCAUAGCAACCCAGAAAAGCACCAUAUUGAAAGCAUGCUGAAAGGAUUCCAAGCUCUCCGAGUCCUCAAGCUGCUCUACUAUAGUCCAGGGAUAACCAAUCUAUUGGCAGCUAUGGGCCAGACUGUGAAAAAUGUAAUCUAUGUCCUUGUCUUGUUGUUCUUGCUAAUAUUUAUCUUUGCUAUUCUGGGACAUGGUUUGUAUGGAGACCCGCAACAGGGAGAUCCUCAGAACUGGGGAAGUUUAGCAGCUGCCUUUUUUACACUCUUCAGCUUAGUAACGGUUGAUGGAUGGACAGACUUGCAGGAUGAAUUGGAUAAUAAAAAGUUUGUUACAAGCCGAACAUUCACAAUAGUAUUCAUUCUCCUAGGAUUUUUUGUAUUUUUCAAUAUGUUUAUUGGAGUUGUCAUUAUGGAUAUCCAGAACUCAACUGAGCAAUAUGAGCAAAAACUGAAAGAAGAAAGGCAGGUUACUUUGAUUGCAAAGAAGCAGACCAUCUUAAAAAGGCAACAGGAAGAAAUAUUUGAAUUGUUUAAUCUGCAGAAAUCAACCGAGUACAAAACCUUCGAUGAAAUGGUGGAAAGCUUUAAAAAAAACCUACUUCAUUCAGAUCCUAUGAUCUUGGAAGACUUCUGUGCCAGCCUGCCAUUCAUUGACCUCUAUUUGGCAUCCCUUGAUCGUCAGGAUGCCACUGUGUACAAGCUGCAAGAUCUCUACUACGAAAUGGUUGCCAUUUUGAGUACCCUGCUAUACCAUUCCCAGGAAAAGUGUUUGCAGUCUCUGCAGUGCUUUAGGGGAAGAUCUAAGUAGUCCAUUGUCACCAAAGUAAUGUAGGACAUUGCUGUCAUUAAGGUGCCAAAAAUAUUUUCUUUGCAUUUGAAAAAUAAAGUAGAAUAGAAACUUAA